GUUAAAAUUUCAACUUUGUGAAGUGUACUUUCGUGCCGGUUACAAAUUACAUUUUUUUAUUUUUGACCGUUUGUUAUAUUCUACAUAAGUUAUAGGCUGAUUUAGAAACCAUUAAAGCAAAAUGCAUACGGCUACGAAUAUAUCACUUAUACAAAUUCUAGAAAAGACAAUUUCACCAGAUCGAACUGAAUUAGAAGCUGCUGAAAAGUAUCUUCAUCAUGCUGCCAAUACCAAUUUCACGACAUUUAUUAAAAUGCUAUCAGAUGUUUUGGUACAAGGAGGAAAUAGUCAAGUGGCGCGAAUGGCUGCAGGCUUACAGCUAAAAAAUCAUCUCACAUCUAAAGAUCAUACCCUUAAGCUGGAGUACCAACAAAGAUGGAUAGCUUUACCAGAAGAUGUUCGAUUCUACAUAAAGAAAAAUAUUUUAGCUUCUAUAGGUACAGAAAACAGCAGGCCAAGUUCUGCAGCCCAAUGUGUGGCUUAUGUAGCAGUUGCUGAACUUCCAAUUGGGCAAUGGAAUGACCUCAUCCCCAUUCUUGUAGAAAAUGUUACUAAUGCUGCAUCAUCUGAACUGAAAAAAGAAGCUACUCUUGAAGCCAUAGGAUAUAUUUGCCAGGAAAUUGAGGCUGAAGUUUUAACAGAACAGAGCAACCAUAUAUUAACUGCCAUUAUCCAUGGUAUGAGAUCAGCAGAGCCUAGUAAUCAUGUUCGCCUUGCGGCUACACAGGCUCUUCUUAAUUCUUUAGAAUUUACAAAAGCUAAUUUUGAAAAAGAUGUAGAAAGAAAUUUUAUAAUGGAAGUUGUAUGUGAGGCAACACAAUCAAAUGACAUGAGAAUAAGUGUUGCAGCCCUACAGUGUUUAGUAAAAAUAUUAUCUUUAUAUUACCAAUACAUGGAGCCCUACAUGGGUCAAGCACUUUUCCCAAUAACAUUAGAAGCAAUGAAAUCUGACAUAGAUGAAAUAUCUCUGCAAGGUAUUGAAUUUUGGUCCAAUGUAAGUGAUGAAGAAAUUGAUCUUGCCAUUGAAGAAGCGGAAGCAACAGAAAUUGGUCGACCACCAGCAAGAACGUCAAGAUUUUAUGCUAGAGGAGCUUUACAAUAUAUUGCUCCUGUCCUCAUGCAGAAACUUACAAAACAAGAUGAUGCUGAUGAUGAACAUGAAUGGAAUCCAUCAAAGGCUGCUUCAGUUUGCUUGAUACUGCUCUCUAAUUGCUGUGAAGACGAAAUUGUGCCUCAUGUCUUACCAUUCAUUAACAAUAACAUUAAAAAUGAAAAUUGGCGAUACAGAGAAGCAGCCCUUAUGGCAUUUGGUUCUAUAUUAGGAGGACUUGAAGCUAAUACUUUAAAACCUCUAGUGGAAAAGGCAAUGCCUACCUUAAUCGAAGCCAUGUAUGAUACAAGUGUAGCAGUCAGAGAUACGGCUGCAUGGACAUUUGGUAGAAUUUGUGAGAUAGUGCCUGAAGCGGCUAUUAAUGAUCAAUACCUAAAACUGCUGCUGGAGAGUUUCGUAAAUGGCCUAAAAACAGAGCCUAGGGUUGCUGCAAAUGUCUGUUGGGCCUUCACCAAUUUAGCUGAAGCUGCUUACGAAGCAGCCGACUGUGGUGAAUCAAACCAGCCUAAGACAUAUUGCAUGUCGACUUACUUUGAUUUUAUUAUCCAAUGUCUGUUGGAAACCACAGAUCGUCAAGAUGCAGCUCAACACAAUUUGCGUUCUGCCGCUUAUGAGGCUCUAAUGGAGAUGGUUAAGAAUUCACCUUCGGACUGCUAUAUGACAGUUCAAAAAACAACAAUGGUUAUACUAGAGAGGCUUCAACAAGUCCUGCAAAUGGAGAAUCAUAUAUCUAGUCAAGCGGACCGCUCCCAGUUCAAUGAUUUGCAGAGUCUGCUCUGUGCUACUUUACAAUCUGUGUUACGUAAAGUGACACCUGAGGAUGCACCACAGAUUUCGGAUGCUAUUAUGACAGCCCUCUUGACUAUGUUUGCUGCUAAUGCCGGAAAGGCUGGAGGCGUUCAAGAAGAUGCACUAAUGGCAGUCUCUACUCUUGUUGAAGUGUUGGGUGAAGGUUUUCUUAAGUAUAUGGAUGCGUUUAAACAAUAUUUGUAUGUGGGUCUUAAAAAUCACCAAGAAUAUCAGGUGUGCGUUGCAGCAGUAGGUCUUACUGGUGAUAUCUGUCGAGCACUUAAGAUAAAGGUGCUGCCAUAUUGCGAUGAAAUUAUUUACCUUCUCAUGGGAAAUCUUAGUGAUCCAACGAUCCACCGAGCUGUGAAGCCUCAAAUUCUAUCCGUCUUUGGAGAUAUUGCUCUUAGUAUUGGUCCAGACUUUAAGAAAUAUUUUGAUUUAGUUAUGCAAAUGUUGCUGCAGGCCAGUAACAUCCAAGUAAAUCCUAAUGAUUAUGACAUGGUGGAAUACAUUGGAGAACUAAGAGAGAGCAUUCUUGAAGCAUAUACUGGUAUUAUUCAAGGACUAAAAGGUGUUGGCGGAGAGGUCCAACCAGACGUAGCCCUAAUGGAACCACAUGUCCAAGCGAUAAUUAACUUUAUGGUGCAAGUUGCGUCAGAUCCCGAGCGUACAGACGGCCAUAUGUCUGUAAUCGCCGGUCUUACUGGGGACCUCUGUACCGUUUUUGGACAAAGGGUGCUCCCGUUGCUUGAAACCAAACCCCUGGUGGACCUCCUUCAAUCGGCGCGCAAGUCCCGCACGCCACGCACUAAGACUUUGGCUAAUUGGGCUACCAAGGAGAUCCGCAAGUUGAAGCAGCCUCUUACUAGCUGAUUUGAAACAUCGUGGAGCAAUAGUGGUGUAACCAAGUUACAAACAAGCUACCCCAGGUUUAAAAUAUAUUAAUUGGGAGGUCAUAUCAAGUCAUUUCAUUAGCCGGUGGGUGCAUUAGCCUGUUUACGUUAAAUCGUGCUAUUUUUUUAUAUAGUGACAAAAAUUUUUUCAGUGACACGAAUAAUUUUAUUAAUGAGAAAUUAUUUUCAAAUAAUGUAAGGCUAAUGAACUCAACGCAACUCUUAAUGUAAUUACGCCUCACCAUCUUUCCAUGUUAAUCUAAAUAAAUAGAAGCAUUUCCUAUUCGGUAUUAUAGAUACGGUCAGUGGCUGUGGUAUCUUUACUUACGACACGAAAGUGAGACUGAAUGAAAGGAGACGUAUGUUAUUAUAGGCAUGCACAGUGCAAGGGAUUUUGAAUUUUGUAAAUUAUUAUUUGUAAGGUUUUCGGAAGGUUAUCUGAAUGGUUGGGUGGAUGGUGAUGUAUGUAAAUGAAUAAAGAUAUUUUGUAAACAUAUACGCGUAAUGGUCUUUGUUAUUUCAUCGGCUGAGGUCUAAGGACGCCAUAUUGGUGCUAACUAUUAUUUAUUCGUCACAAAAGUUAUGGGCAAUUAUAGAAUUAUGUAUGACUGGCCUUAAGUCAUUGAAGCGUAAAUCAAAACUGUUGUUUUAAUAAAUAUUGUCGCAACUUUGGUUUGUAAUCUAUUACAAAAGAUUUUUCUAGUUUUUAUUUUCUAAUACUUUUAAUAAUUAAUAGCGCUUAUUUAUUCACAAUCUAAACUUAUAAUUUAAAAAUGAUGCAACCACGAUGGUAUAUGACUGCUAAGAUAACGUAAUCAAUUUUGUGUCUGGUAAAGUCAGAUGUAAAUAGUGUCACCUGCUUUAUUGUAUUUUAUCUAAAUAUAAACAGUAUUUUAUCUUAUUGUUAUGUGUAUUUAACAUAAUAAUUAAACGUUUGUUUAUAUACUUUGUUCAAUAUCCUAUAGUUUUCAAUACAUUUUUGUGACGAAUAAAAAGUGUGAUUGCCUUUGGAUCUCAUAGUUUUGUGUACAUAAUGUUGUGACUUUAUGCUCAUUUUGAUUUCCAGAAUAUACUCUCAAAGAGGUGCGUUUUCUUCUGUUGACUAUUUUUACAUAGUGAUCUUAUCAGUUGACAACAUCUGGCAGUAACAGCUUUGUACAGUAGAAAAAUCAAACACUUAAUAUUAUCAUGGCGUUUUGUACCUACUUUUUUUUAUAAAAGUCCCGCCCCUAUCGACUGCCAGCAAAAGACAGCACUUUUGUAGUUUCAUGGCUGUGCCUUGAGUGUAAAUUUCAAGAUUUAUCAUAAAAUUAAUGGCGUCAAUGUAAAACAUUACGCGCAUAAUAUUUCCUUUAAAUCAAUUAAGGUAUGAGUCUGUUUAUAAGUGUGCCUGCUAGUCUGUGAGCAUCACUGAUAGGAAUAAUGACUGCGUGAUUUAUGCAAGAAUAUCAAAAGCGAGUGAUGUGUGUCACUGGAUUUAUGAACACCGGUUCUUUACAGUUUCGAUUUAUCUCCAAAAUCUGAAAUUGUCAUCUUGUUCUGGUGUUCUUCGUGUGAGUUUCGAUUGUAAGAGAUGUACAUAUUUUGAUCGGAAAUCGGUUUUGAAGGUUCAGUGUCAUUGAGUACUUAUUGUGGAUGAUAGGAGUAUGUAUGAGGACUAGUGCCAUGCCCUGAAAGGUUCUUAAUUAGAAUCAUAGGCAUCGAGUCUUUUAAUACCACCCACUUUUCUUACGCGAAUUAAAUAUUGAAAUUAUUUUGUUACUUACAUCUUUUGUUCUAUUAUUGUUUGCAACUAUUGUCCUAUAUGUUCUACUCUAAUUAAAACGAUUUAAAAGUU